GCUGAAGGCCGAGCCAAGAUGGCGGCUGACCCGCAGGCGCGCUAUGGUCAGUCAGUGAAGGGUUUGUUGUCCGACAAAGUCUCCACCUGCACCACUGACGUCAUCGCGCUGACCAGACAGAUCCUGAAGGGCUCCCGGAGCUGUGAGCUCCUCGGCCAGGCAGCUCGCAACAUGGUCCUGCAGGAGGACGCCAUACUGCACGCUGAAGAUAGCGUACGUAAGAUGGCGAUUAUAACAACACAUCUGCAGUACCAACAAGAAGCCAUUCAGAAAAACGUGGAGCAUUCGUCUAACCUGCAGGCCCAGCUUAAACAUCUCUUAAAGUGAAGUGAGAGGCUGAGAAGCCCUUGGGGAGGGGAGGAGACGGAGGGCCAGCAGGUGGAGGACGAGAGGGUGAAAUGGGGGGAGGGGAGAAGAAUUUCACCCGUGUCUGAACCAGAAGGAUUAGACUUUUAAUUGAAAUCUUUUCUCCCGAUCUCUGUGACCUUCAGAAUCUCCAGUGAGCGUGGGUUUGGGUAGAGUUGCUUCUUGAAGCGGAACGGAUGCUACACUCACGGUGGGGGGGGGGGAUGGGAAAGGAAAGAGACUCCAUCGCGGGGAGACUUGCCAGUAAUAGAUGAACAAAGUGGCUGGGUGUGUUUAAGCCAACAAUCAGCAGUGGAACAGAGAUGAAAAUCGAAAUGGAUUCAUCUCCACGGGGCCACACCAUCGAGACCUCGUUACCUCUGGGCUGCUUUUACAACCUAUUUGUGGUGCUUGACUUCGUGGCGAUUGAGCCCCUUCACCUGCCCCCUCCCUACCCAAUUCCCAACAAGCCAUGUCUAGCCUGUCAGCGAGGCUACUUUACAUUUGGUUCCCUUGCUAUUUAAUAUUGCCUUGAGAGUAUUGUGCGAUGCGGACAUGUACCUGGGAGUGUAUCGUUAUUUGGUGUGUUGUAUGUUCAUGAUGAUAUUUGUUACAAAGCUUGAUUUGCUGCCGAUUGAAUAACAGUAAUACUGGGUUAUUAAAUCAACAGUGCACAGUG